AUGGAAUCUGCACUCGAAGCCUCGGCGGCCGAAUUCGCCCUGCGCCACCCUGAAUCCCAGCGACUGCAUCGUGAGUCGCUGAACAGCAUGCCAGGCGGGAAUACCCGAACCUUGCUGCAUACUUCGCCUUUCCCUAUAUUUAUGAAAAAGGGCCAGGGCUGUGAGCUGUGGGACGAAGAUGGCAACAAGUACUUCGACUUCGUCGGCGAAAUGUCCGCUGGGCUCUUCGGGCACUCAAAUCCUACAAUCCAAGCUGCAUUAGAAUCGACUAUUCGGAAUAUUGGAUUGAGCCUUGGGGCAACCAAUGUCCACGAACACCGCUAUGCGUCGUUGCUGUGUGAGCGAUUUGGUCUUGAGCGCAUCCGCUUCACGAAUUCCGGAACAGAAGCCAAUCUGCACUGCCUUGCCGUUGCCCGGCGAUUUACCGGCCGUCGAAAGGUUAUGGUCUUCCGUGGAGGCUAUCAUGGGAGUGUCCUCUCAUUUGGGGACGGGGUGGCACCCAACAAUGUCGACCAGGCGGAGUGGGUGCUGGUUCAAUAUAAUGAUCCAGCAGCUGUGAAAGCUGCCUUUGCGGAGCAUAACGACCUCGCCGCUGUUAUUUUUGAGGGAGUUCAGGGAUCAGCUGGCUACAUUCCUGCUUCGGACGAGUUUCUUCAGACAAUUCGGUCAGAGAGUGCGAGUGCAGGCACGCUCAUGAUCAUGGACGAGGUGAUGACUUCUCGCUUGGCACUAGGAGGAGCGAAAAGCGUUUUAGGAAUCAACCCAGACCUCAUGACGAUGGGUAAGUACCUCGGAGGAGGCAUGCCAUUUGGAGCCUUUGGAGGCCGUGAAGAGAUCAUGAAUGUCUAUAGCCCAUUGACACCAGGGGCACUGAACCAUUCUGGGACCUUCCAAAAUAAUACACUGAUGCUGACUGCGGGCUACACUGCUUUGCAUGAUGUCUACACCGCUGAAGCUGUGUCAAACCUCAACAAGUUAGGUGAUGAUUUACGAACAAGCUUGCAAGAACUAUUUCAGGGCACCAAACACUGUGUCACCGGUCGAGGCUCUUUGAUGUGCAUUCAUGCUACCACGAAGGCCUUCAUUCCCGAGGAAAUUACUUGCAAGGACGAAGUUACUGCGUUCGAAUGCAAUGAUCUCAAAAGCUUAUUCUGGAUGGAGAUGACCAAUGCUGGGUUCUGGGUACAGAGCAGGGGAUCGAUUACAUUGAAUGUUGAUCUGACCCCCGAAAUAGUCACUGCUUUUGUCGAGGCUGUUGGAAAAUAUUGCCAGAAGCAUAAGGACCUGAUCAGCGUAUGA